GCCGGGUUCUCAAAAAUGGAACGGGAGGAACGAGAGCAAAGCGAGGGGAAGUGAGAGAGAGGCGGAGCGGACGUUGAACGAGCAAAAGAUGUGAAAUUUGUUGUGACGCACGCGUGACCAUUGCUGUUUUACGUAUAGGCGCUGAAAGAAUGGGCCUUUUUGGUUGUUUGGCUCUAGGGAAAGCAUCUUUUUGGACGACCAAAUUCGUCUACCGAAAUUCUGAAAUUUUGAAGAAUGUAAGAGAACAGGUGUAUCAACCUCGGAUGCAAUUUUCAGGAUGAGUGGGCUUGUGAGAGAUCAGCAUCGAUGGAAACUUCCAGUUCUUUCUCGGGGUUUAUUAGCAUUAUCAAGUCCUGGAUCCCUCGGCGAUCUGAGCCGCCAAAUGUUUCAAAGAACUUUUGGAUGCCUGAUCAUAGUUGCAGGGUUUGUUAUGAGUGUGAUUCACAAUUCACAGUUUUUAACCGACGACAUCAUUGCCGUCAUUGUGGACGUAUUUUCUGUGGGAAGUGCACAUCAAAUUGUGUCCCUGCUAGCUCUGAUAAUUGUGCAAAUACUAAAGAAGAUUGUGAAAGAGUUCGUGUUUGUAACUUCUGUUUCACACAGUGGGAGCAAAGGAGACCAGCAUCUGAUAAUGCUCUUCAACACUGCCUCAGUCCUCUUUCCUCAACAAGCUUCAUCAGUACCAAGUCUAGUGGGACUCUUAAUAGCUCAGCCACUGUUGGAUCUUACUCUACAGGACUUUACUAUCUUGCCCCAUAUGGCCCUGCCCAGUCAUUCCAAUCAGAACCUUGCUCAGAUACAUUAGAGAUGCAGACAUCAUCCAGAAGCAUAGAUGGUGCAGAAAUUGGUAAUCAAUUUGGUUAUGUCUUGAACAGGGGUGAUCGUGAUUAUUAUGAUUAUGGUGUAUUGCAUGAUUCAGAAACACAACUUUUCCAGCCAUAUGGUGACUAUGAUAGUUCAAUUGAAUUUAAAGAAGCGGACCAGGAUAACCAACCAAUUAGUGUGAAUCCAUCUGAAGUCAGGAUAAAUUUGGAAGAUAACCGUUCCACACUGCACAACCUACAACUCCAUGCCAACACAGAUGCUGAUAAGAUGGAGGAAGACAAUGAGAAUGAAAGUAGCUAUGAAUCUAACGCUUCUUCCAUAUAUGAGUUAGAAAAUGCAGAUGCAGAACCUGUGGAUUUUGAGAACAAUGGGCUGCUGUGGCUUCCUCCUGAUCCAGAAGAUGAUGAUGAAAGAGAUCACAUUCUAAUUGAUGAUGAUGAUGAGGAUCCUAUGGGAGAGAAAUACGAUCAUUCAUCAAAUAGCUUUGGCAGUGGUGAGUGUCAGACAAAAGAAAGAUCAAGCGAAGAGCAAAAGAAAGCAAUGAAGAGUGUUGUUGAUGGACAUUUCAGGGCACUGAUAGCUCAACUCCUGCAAGUUGAAAAUCUUCCUAUUGAAGAAGAUGAUAAGGGAAGUUGGUUGGACAUAGUCACAUCUUUGUCAUGGGAAGCAGCACAUUUCCUUAAGCCAGACACUAGCAAUGUCGGAGGUAUGGAUCCUGGUGGAUGUGUAAAAGUUAAAUGCUUAGCUUGUGGACAUCGCAAUGAAAGUAAGGUGGUUAGAGGAGUUGUUUGUAAGAAGAAUGUGGCAAACAAACGGAUGAAAUCAAGAAUACAAAAACCACGUUUUCUAAUACUUGGAGGUGCUCUUGAGUACCAACGGGUAACAAAUACGCUAUCAAGCUUUGAUACUUUGUUGCAACAAGAAAUGGAUCAUUUGAAAAUGGCUGUUGCAAAGAUUGCAGCUCACCAGCCCACUGUCCUUUUGGUAGAAAAAUCUGUGUCCCGAUUUGCCCAGGAUUACCUUCUAGCAAAAGGCAUUUCAUUAGUUUUGAAUAUUAAAAGGUCUAUUUUGGAGCAUAUUGCUCGCUGCACUGGAGCUCAAGUAGUCCCUUCAAUUGACCACCUAUCGUCCUCGAUGGUUGGGCAAUGUGAUUUGUUUCAUGUGGAGAAAUACUAUGAGGACAUUGGUACUACAGGAAAGGGUGAGAAGAAAACACUGAAAAACUUGAUGUUCUUUGAAGAUUGCCCAAAGCCAUUGGGUUGCACUGUUUUGCUUAAAGGUGCAAAUAUUGAUGAACUGAAAAAAGUGAAACAUGUAGUCCAAUAUGGAUUUUUUGCAGCCUACCAUUUGGCAUUGGAAACAUCUUUUCUUGCAGAUGAAGGUGCUUUUUUACCUGAAGUUUCACCACAGUCUUCGUUGUCUGUUGGACUUCUGGAUAAAUCUUCUAGCAUAGACAGAUCCAUUUCUUUGACUCCCGAGCAUGCUAUCUCUGUUGCUGGUGAACAACAAGAUACUAUUGACAACCAAAGACCUCCAGUAACUUCAAUAGAGUUCAGGAAGGAACUGUCAGAGGAAGCACCAGCUUCAUCUAAAGAUCAGGAUUACAAAGCUGAAUGUUCUGACACUAUUUCAACUCAUAUGUCUUCUGGCAAUAAUUGUUCUCAUGGGAAGAGGAGUUAUCCUGACAUUGUCAAAGAAUCAAUGGAUGCAUCUCUACCUUCUGUCUCAACCAUGGGUAUCUUGAAUUCACCACCUCAAUAUGUUGCUGGAAAGGACAGACAUAAAAUGCAGAUAGGUACAAAUCAGGAGGCAAUGUCAGACAGUCUAAGUGAACAAGCAAUUCCUUCAGUUUCUUCCCUCCUAGUCAGCUGUCUCGAUCAAGAAGGGCGUGUCACUGUGACAGCUGAGGAUGCCCCAACCAAUGCCAUAGGAAAGCAGAUUGGCUAUUCUAAUCCAGAAGCUUUAUCAGAAGGCAGGGACGAAAUACAUGACCAAGUACCAUUGAAGGAAGAAUUUGCACUUUCUCCGUCAGAUCAUCAGAGCAUCUUGGUUUCCCUUUCAACCCGAUGUGUGUGGAAAGGGACUGUUUGCGAACCUUCACAACUCUUUCGCAUUAAAUACUAUGGGAACUUUGACAAACCUUUGGGAAGGUUUCUCAGGGAUCAUCUAUUUGAUGAGAGUUAUAGGUGCCGUUCUUGUGAUAUGCCAUCAGAAGCUCAUGUUCAUUGUUAUACACAUCUCCAGGGAAGUCUGACAAUAUCUGUUAGAAAGCUUCCUGAUAUUUUCCUUCCAGGAGAAACAGAUGGAAAAAUUUGGAUGUGGCACAGGUGCUUAAGAUGUCGUCGCAGUAAUGGCUUCCCUCCUGCAACCCGGAGAGUUGUGAUGUCUGAUGCUGCUUGGGGGUUAUCUUUUGGAAAAUUUUUGGAGCUUAGCUUUUCAAACCAUGCUGCAGCAAGUAGGGUUGCAAGCUGUGGUCACUCUCUCCAUAAAGAUUGUCUCCGCUUUUAUGGGUUUGGAAGAAUGGUUGUUUGCUUCCGAUAUGCCUCAAUUGAUUUGCAUUCUGUUUACCUGCCACCCGCUAAAGUUGAUUUUAAUUAUCAGCAGCAGGAAUGGAUAAGAAAAGAAGCAGAUGAGGUGGCUGAAAGGGCUGAAAAUUUGUUCAGAGAAAUAUACAAUGCUUUAUACUACUUUAAAGAUACAAAUAGUCAGAAUUGUAGUCUGGAAGGUCCAGAAUUCAUACAAAACAUUGCUGAGCUUGAAGAAUUUCUGCAAAAUGAGAAGGCCGACUUUGAGGAGGCUCUGUAUAUAGCACUAAAUAAGGAGGUGAGGAAGGGAGAACCAGUUGUUGAUAUUCUUGAGAUUAAUAAAUUAAGAAGGCUGCUAAUCUUUCAUUCUUAUUUAUGGGAUCAACGACUAAUAUUUGCCUCGGGAUCAGCUAACAGUUCCAAGGGGGUUUCUAAUAGCUUCUCAACAAGAGAUAAGGAAAAACUCUGCUCCCUUGAAAAGACCAAAGACGACGAUGGCAACAAUCAAGUGGUUUUCCUUGACGAUCAUGAUAUUCAGUUAGGACAGCGAACAAGAGACAUGGAACUGGAUUCUUUGCAAGGGAGACAAAGCAGAACUUCUAUCUAUACUAGCAUAAGUGUGACUGAAAAAUCAAUUCCUUUAGAAUGUGGUCUUGUAGGACGUAGAACCCUUUCGGAUGGUCAAUUUCCAGUUUUCACAAAUUUAUCCAAUACAUUUGAGGCAAGGUGGACAGGUGACAUUGGAAAUUCCCAUGCCAAUGGAAUGAUUCAAGAUCCAUCAGUUUUAUUAGAAAAUGUAGCAACAAUGCCAAUUUUUGAUGGUAUAGAAACGCGUAGUGGAGCUGAUUUAACUCAACCAUUUACUUCCGCACUGCUGAGUAAGUCAGGAGACAGCAUGGAUGACUUUCCAUCUCGCAUUGGAACGCCACUUGUAAAUAUCUAUAACACAAUCAACAGAAAUUGGAUAUAUCCAAGAUUGAAUGAUUCGAAUGACAAUUCUGCCUUCCAUUUGUUUCAAAAGGAGUUAGAGAAUCAAAGUGGAGCCAGGUUUCUUGUUCCUGCUGGCAUAAAUGACACUGUGAUUCCAAUUUAUGAUGAUGAACCAACCAGUAUCAUUUCAUAUGCACUUGUCUCACCUGACUAUCACUUUCAAUUGUCAGAUAGAGAAUUAGAGUCCUCAUUUUCAUUGCCACUCUACGAUGCCGGAACCUCUUUUUCACAGUCUUUUGAUGAAAGUUUUUGUGAUUCUUUUAGAAGUUUCGGUUCAGCUUCAGCUGAGGACAAUAUUUCAUCACAGUCCUUUGGCAAGGGCUCCCUUGUUCCAGAUUCAGUCAACUGUAACAAGUCAUUUCAUGCCAGAGUUUCUUUUAUGGAUGAAGGUCCACCUGGGAAAGUAAAAUAUUCUGUGACUUGUUAUUUUGCAAGACGCUUUGAUGCUCUAAGAAGAGCUUGCUGCCACUCUGAGAUUGAUUUUAUAAGAUCUCUAAGUCGGUGUAAGAAUUGGGGAGCACAGGGUGGCAAGAGUAAUGUAUUUUUCGCAAAAUCACUUGAUGACAGGUUUAUAGUGAAACAGGUAACAAAAACAGAAUUGGAAUCAUUUAUGAAGUUUGCCCCAGAGUAUUUCAAGUAUCUUUCAGAGUCGAUCGCCACACGAAGCCCAACAUGCCUUGCAAAGAUCCUGGGUAUAUAUCAGGUUUCUUCGAAAAACCUUAAGGGUGGAAAAGAUUUAAGGAUGGAUGUGCUGGUGAUGGAGAAUCUUCUAUUUGGAAGGAACAUUAAAAGACUGUAUGACCUAAAGGGAUCCUCAAGGUCACGCUACAAUGCUGACUCAAGCGGAAAUAACAAAGUACUGCUCGACCAAAAUUUGAUUGAAUCAAUGCCAACCUCUCCAAUUUUUGUGGGGAACAAACCUAAGAGGUUGCUAGAGAGAGCUGUUUGGAAUGAUACAGCAUUUUUGGCGUCUGUUGAUGUUAUGGAUUACUCUUUGCUGGUCGGUGUCGACGAAGAAAAGCACGAACUGGUUCUUGGCAUCAUCGACUUUAUGAGGCAGUAUACAUGGGAUAAGCAUCUGGAGACUUGGGUGAAAGCUUCAGGAAUACUGGGUGGCCCGAAGAAUGUCUCUCCAACCGUAAUCUCACCGAAACAAUACAAAAAACGGUUUCGGAAAGCCAUGUCCACUUACUUUCUUGUCGUGCCAGAUCAGUGGUCACCACCUGCGGCUGCCCCCAACAAUUCAAAGUCUGAGGCGUGCGAAGAAAAACCACAGAGUGCAACGAUAAAAGCCUAGUACAGAGCUCAAAAAAUUUGCAUAGCACUGAUUUCUCUGUUAUUUUUUUCUAGUGUAGGAUUUCAAUUGGUUUUAACAUUUGCAAAUUUUCUGUGCCGGAAACUUUGGCAUGGCUUGUAGUUUGAUUGAGCUCGAAAAACAGUGAUACAGAGAGAGAUUUGUACAGAAACCUGUGUGAUUUCAUAAAUAUAUA